GAACGGCAAGCUUUUAUCCCACAGGCCGUUUUGGAGGCAAAAGCUAAGCAAGCAAUUGAGGUUGAAAAGAGGAAAACUGAGAAAGAUUGGGAGAAUGGUGGUGCUGGUGUUUAUUCUGCUAGUUUGAGGAAGAAUUAUAUCUUGGCUGAUGAUGAAUGGAAGGAAGAUAUAAUGCCUGAAAUUUUGGAUGGUCAUAAUGUGUAUGACUUCAUUGACCCUGAUAUUUUGUUCAGGCUUGAGGAAUUGGAGCGAGAAGAAGGUGUUUGGCAGGCAGAGGAGGAAGAUGAUGAUUUUGAAAUAGAUGCUGUGGAAUUGACACCGGAAGAGGAAGAAGCACUGGCAGAGAUUAGGAAAAAGAAAAGUUUGCUAAUUCAAGAGCACAGGAUUAAGAAAAGCACUGCCCAGAACCGGCCCACUGUGCCGAGGAAGUUUGACAAGCACGGUAAGUUUACCACAGUGAGAAUGGGCAGGCAGCUAUCAGCGUUGGGGCUGGAUCCUUCAUUGGCAAUUAGUCGAGCUCGCAGUAGGUCGGGGCGGAAAAGAGAGAGAUCACCUGAGAGGCAAAAUAAUCAUGAUGGUGAUAGUAUGGAUGUCGAUAUGGGCCAACAGAACAAGAAGCUGCGAAUGAGGUCCAGAUCACUGUCAAGGUCAAGGUCAAGGUCAAGACCUCCAAAUGAAGUUGUCCCUGGAGAAGGCUUCAAAGACUCUGCUCAAAAGGUCAAAGCACUUAAACUUGCCAAGAAAUCUGUUAAGAAAAGGAACAAGGAUGCUCGCCGUGGAGAGGCUGAUAGAGUUAUACCUACAUUAAAACCUAAACAUUUGUUUUCUGAGAAACGGUCAAUUGGAAAAACUCAGCGCCGCUGAGUACUCGAGGUAUAUAACUUAUUCAAAGAUUCAGGUAUUAUUUCCUAUGUUGGCCUUGGGCUAUGUCCCUCUUGUAACGGGCCUAGAACUGAACAAAAUUCAAGAAUGUUGGUUCUUUCCAACUCAUCUGUUCUUGGUAGAUUGCAUAACUGAUUGUCAGUACUUAACAUGUUCCUUUUGGCAGCAAAGGUCAGGUUAUCAUGGUGGAACCCAGAUUACACUUGGGUGGAAGGAAUUGAUCUGUUCAUGUCAUCUUUGAUCUGCUGGAGAGAGCCUGAUUAUGGCAGCAGGUCUUCUCUGCUCUCUUUGUUAUAACUUACACUCCUCAUGUUAGAUUAAGCAGUUUUAUGUUAGACACCAUGGGUAACAAUUUUGUCAGGUUAUGAAUCUUGUUUGAAAUGCAGUCGACAAUUGAGUGCUUCCAACA